AAUUUGAACAGUGUGUCAGUUGGUGAGGUAGGAAACGUGUGUAUAGAGAGAGCAUAGGCCUUGUUUGUGGCUUUGUUUGCCACUAAAAGUGAACUGAAUCAACGAUGGAAGGAGAGUGGGAGUUGUCAAAAGAGAACAUCCAGCCAAGGAAGGAUGGUCGCGAUUUUAACAGUUUGAUAGCUGGACUUACGCCACGAAAAGAGUCAAUGCUUCAGAGAGCAAGCGAGAUGCAGAGAUACGAACAAGCUAUUAGAAAAAACGAUGGACCUGACCCAUUAGAAAAUUGGUACAAGUACAUCAUCUGGACAGAACAAAAUUCACCAGAUGGAGGAAGUCUAGAAGUUAAACAAAUUCUUGAAAGAUGUAUUCAACAUUUUGAAAAAGAGGACAAGUAUAAAAGUGAUUCAAGAUAUGUUAAGAUUUGGGUAAAAUAUGCUGAUAUUAUUCGAGAGCCCUUGGAACUAUUCAACUAUAUGCAUGACAAAAGCAUUGGAUCUUCACACACAAUAUUCUUUGAGAACUGGGCUGAUGCUCUUGAAUGUGUUGGCAAUUAUCAAAAAGCUGAUGAAGUGUACCAGUUAGGAAUUGCAAGAAAUGCCCAGCCCCUGCUUCGUCUUCAAAGGCUUCACGAAUCCUUUAUGCAGAGGCUUGCUGCAAAAAUAAAAGGCGAUGUAGAUGAUUUUGUCCAGCAUGAUGGUGAGGAAAGAGCAUCACUUGCAUCCUUAAAACAUGCUAAAAGCGGAAAAGUUGAUCAUGAUCGAAUAAAAGCCAAAUCAGGGAAAACAUCAACAGGUCUCAAAAUACAAACUAGUAAAAAACAGAUACAGGCCCAGCCAAUUGUGGUGUAUGAAGAUGAAAAUGCAUCAGAAUCAAAGGUUCCAGCAGCCAGAGGUGAAUGGAAAGAACCACCGAUAAAUUCCAAAAUUAUCAAGGAGAAUGCCAGUAAACCUGCCAAAUGGACCUCAUCCAAGAUUUCUAGCAAACAAAGCACCUGUCUUUCACAACCAGGAUUUAUGAUUCAUGAAGAUGAAGAUGCAGACAUGAAACCAGAUCGCACACCAAAGCAAAUUGUCAUGAGUGACAGAAAGCCACUCAGUUCGAAGAAAGUUGCCAAAGAACCAAUUAUCAAUCCAUUAGAUACUAUGAAAAAGAUUGAUGAAUGUCAAUUUGUAGAGCGAUACUGCAAAUCUGAUGUGUACCUUGGUAACCAAGAGUUUUCACUGGAAGAGUUGCGAGCACUCAACCCAAAGUAUGCUGUGCAACCCAUCAGGGAUGACUGCACCUCUCACUUUCCAACUGACAUGGAAGAGACUUGUGUUUUGGGUACAGAAGUAAAGAUCUGUAUUCAGCAGGGCACUAGAUCCUGUGCAUUGAACACUAAAAAUAGAGCUGAGGUCCAGCAAAGUGAAGUAGCAGACUCAAAUCAGGAUGGUCUGGAGCGAAGCUCUUUUUUUCCUAGAAAUGAUGUGUUGCAAUCAUUGGUUAAAGACGAAAAGUCUGGAACCUCAAGGCAAAGGCUGAAUUUCUCAUCAGCUACUGAUAAGAUACAUGGGGGUGGUCUAGAGAAGUCUGUCGCAAAUCUUUCUACUUACGGAACAUGUUCCAAUAAUUUAGAUGAAUCUAGUCUGGACUCUUUAGAUGAUAUAGAAGACUAUAUGGCAGGGCCUGUUGAAAGUACAAGUAAGCAUAACAUUUCCCGGCUACCUCUACCCAACCAGUUCAAGGGAAUACGUGAUGUUAUGCGGGAUUCGGAAAUAACUGAGAUCGGAACCAAACCCGUUGAUGGCUAUAACAGCAUGAAGUUUUAUGGACCAACAGAAAGUACCAGUGUACAUGGCAUUCCGAGGUUCAGAGAAGAAGGCGAUGGGUUUCCUGGUACCGGAUUUGAAGUUUCCCAGAUUUCCUCAAAGGAAGAUUUAUCAAACGAAAACCCUAGAAAGAUGCCAGAAAAUAGUAUUUUUGUGGGUGAUGAAUUAGAGGAUGAUGCAAGUUUUGCGUGUUUGGGUCCAGAUAUUGAGUUUGGUAAACCAGAACUUGGAGGAAAAAAUGUGAAUGUCGUACAUGAAACCUCCACGGUGCGCUUGCCUACUGUUGAUCCCAGUGCUAUGAAUGUUUCUUCAGCAAGAGGAGACCAUCCACAAAAUACUGGGUGCUGGAUACAAGUUUCUGGUAAUCCACUAAAGCCAAAAGUCCAUCCAGUGCAGCAAUUAACACCAGCAUCAAAGGUCAAGCGAUCUUUACCUUACAACAGCGGGCUGGCUUUCCCAGUGCCACCUAAAAGUCCCAUUUGGGCGCCAUCUCCAACAAUUCACACCAAAGUAGCUACACAAGCUAUUCAUGAGAUGUGGAGAGCCGAUGAUUUUACUAUUAACUCUACAAUUGAAGCGUCCAACGAUUUUGAGCAGCAGUUUGGUGAUAAACCCGCUUUAGCUCCUGGUGGGUGCUUUAAAAUAUUUGAUGAUGAAUUAAAUGGUGAUUUUGGAAACGAAGAGAAUCAGUCAAUUGUUUCGAGGGAAAAGAAGCCUAAAUUGGACGAGACAGGAGUGACAGGAAAUAACAUGAAAAUUUCCCGACAGCAAUCGAGCUGCACUAACGCGUUGGUCGAUACGCAGCACAUGUCAGUAAGUCAUGGGCGGCUCGAAUACACGAUUUCUGAUCAUACAGCUUCGAAUGUCUCUGCAAAAACAUCUACGCCCUUCUUUCCAGCUGAACCGCGCCCGAGUUUUUCCUGCACAGCCAUUGGCAACCUGCACGAUUCAGAGAUACAGCAGGCUGACGCUACGCAGCAGCUGGCUUGCGAUUCGAAAAACUUAAGCACAAUACAGGAACAAAGUGGCGAGAGCUCUAGCGACACUUUCAGGAAGUCAUCGUCCUCAAGCUCGCGCGGAUUCUCAGAAGGAAGUGAAUCCAACAUAGAUGCGAUCUGCUCGACAACUAACAGGCAUUUGCAUAAUACGCCCCCUGUGUUUGUUAAUGACGAGGUUGCCAAAGACAGUAAGCCAGAAAACAAGUCGGCAGUUCACGAAGACAACAUUUUAAAGAAGUUUGCUGAAGCCGAAACAAGUCACGUCGAAGCAGCAUUGCAUUCACUUACAUUGAACGCAGGGUUGUCCAAUGUGUCAGUCUCUGGAAGAAGUUUUACUUCAAAGCCUGUAGAUGUCUCUGGCUCAAAAGCAAUAACGGCCAUUGUGAAAACAAUGGAAUUCGAAAUCUACCCAAACCUAACUUUUGAGACGGAGAAGUCGCUCAAUGAGAGAUUUUUCGUAAAUAGCAAAGUACUGUUAGGUGAUGACGACUACAAGAUUGUCAAGAAAGUAGCUACUGGUGGUUUUGCAGUGGUUUAUUCUGCUUACAACCUUAGCCGUGGUGAUAGCGAGGAGACUGCCCUGAAAGUAAUGAAGUCUCCGAUACUGUGUCAAUGGGAAUUUCACAUUGGCACACAAAUACAAAAGAGACUAGUCCAGAAUGACAUAGAUCCCAAAUUACACGACUGCUUUAUCCAACCAUUGAGCGGUUAUGUAUAUUCUGAUGCAGCAGCCAUUCAAUUUCCCCAUCAUCCUGGUGGCACAUUGUUGGACCUUGUUAACAAGCAUUUGAAAGAGAGAGUCGGCCAGACAGACACGUUCGCACUGCUUUACGGGCUCAAUGUCUGCAAACUGGUAAAGACGAUGCAUGACUGCUCUAUUAUACAUGGUGACGUCAAACCUGAUAAUUUCUUGCUGAAUAGAGUCACAGGCAACGUUGACAACCCAACUGAGAUCAAUUGCCUGACCUUAGCGGAUUUCGGAAGAUGUCUCGAUCUAACUUUAUAUUCGAAUACAGUGACCUUUAUUGGCAGCUGUAAUACAGACAAAUUUGAAUGCAUCGAGAUGAAGAAAAACUUGCCAUGGAAAUAUCAGAUCGACUACUAUGGCGUGGCUGGAACGAUCCAUGUUGUCCUUCAUGGCACAUAUUUGGACUGUUAUCUCUUCGGUGACAGGUACAAGCCAGUCAAAGUUGCAAGCAGACGACAAGGCAAAGAAUUUUGGGCAUCUGUUUUCGAUCGUUUGUUGAAUGUUUCUGAUUGCAACGACCAGUCUGUCCUUGAGGGAAUAAUUAAAGAUUUUGAAAGACGAUUAAUUGAUCCUGACAGGCAAAAGUCAUUAAUGGAACUGUUGAGCUUGCAAAGAGCAAUGGCGUCAGGCUAAGAAACCUUUGUUGUGACCUCAUCAUUUUUGAAGGAACCAAAAAUGACUGAGGAUUAUGGCAAUUUUGUAAAUGAUAUGGUUUCACCUCCUCCAAUUGAUUAGCUCUUUUUUAGGAAUGAUACACUAGUAUUCUUUUUGGUAUCCUGGCUAGAUACCUCCUAAAACUAAUUACCUUAAGGCCAUGUUUUUUAAUCUGAAGAAAAAAGUGGUGAAUAUGUUGUACUCAAGUAGAGCUGGAUUUUCAAUUUCGGCAAUAAUUGAAGAAAUUCUGUAAAGUUAUCUACAAUUAUCUUUACAGUCAUGAACAAUAAUGAAAUUGCUAUGAGGUUUAUAAGAUGUAUAAUAUGAAAGUAUCACUGCCCUUCCCUUUUUUAAUGAACAAUAUUUAUUCCAAUAUCACCUGGGUAUUUAUGUGGUAAUUUUAGUCACAGGAACCCCACCACAUCACUGACAACACAUUAAAUGUCUCCCAAAAUGUUUAAUCCUUUCCCAAUUAUUGAGCAGUUGUUACAGUCUACGUAUUUGUGCCCAAUAUCUUAACUACCCUUAAAAGGAGGAUACCGAUUUUAAGUUGUAAAUAGUAAAUUAACAUGAUAUGAAAAAGCCUUUUCACAGGGGCUAAUGUAGCUUAACUUUUGAAAAAAUUGUAUUUUCGUUUAAUCAUGUUCUGUUAUUAUGCUACCAGCUAA